CGUGAAUGACGCCAAGACGUCGGAAACCUGUCAUGGCGGCUGUUUUGAAAGUGGGAACUAACCGAAGCUAACCCGAAGCUAACCUGACGCUAGCCGAAGCUAAGCUGAAGCUAACCGUGGCUAACCCGAAGCUAACCUGAAGCCAACCGACGCUAACUUGAAGCUAACCUAAAACUAACCUGAAGCUAACCAGAAGCUAACCAUAGCCGGUUAAAGGCAGCUAACGGCAGCCGUUGGCGGUGACGAUGCAGCGGCCGGUGUCCAGUCUGUCGCUGAGUCCCGGUGUGAAGAUGAAACUGGUCAACGCGGGUUUCCAGUUCACCGCCGACCUGCUGCACCUCAAACCGCUACAACUCAGCAAAGAGACUAGUCUGACCCAGCAGGAGGCGCUGGAGGUGCUGCAGGCUGUGAGGAGAGAGGAGGGAGGAGGGGGGGGAGGAGGAGGAGGGGGAGGAGGAGCAGGAGCCCCCCCCUCCCUCACAGCUCUGGAGCUCCUGCAGAAGGAGGAGGAGAUGAGGAGCAUCGUGACCUUCUCCUCUCGGCUGGACGCGGCUCUCGGAGGAGGACUUCCUGUCGGGAAGACCACGGAAAUCUGUGGAGCUCCGGGAGUCGGAAAGACACAACUGUGCCUGCAGCUGGCGGUGGACGUCCAGGUCCCUCAGUGUUUCGGGGGCCUGGGGGGCCAGGCGGUCUACGUCGACACCGAGGGCAGCUUCCUGCUGCAGAGAGUCGUGGACAUCGCCGCCGCCGCCGUCCACCACUGCUCCCUGCUGGUCGAAGACGACGAGCAACGAGUCGCCAUGGAGACCUUCACCGUGGAAACCAUCCUGUCCAACAUCUUCCUGGUGCGUUGCCACGACUACGUGGAGCUGCUGGCGGAGGUCCACCUGCUGCCCGACUUCCUGUCCGAGCACCCGAGGGUCCGCCUCCUGGCGAUCGACAGCGUGGCGUUCCCGUUCCGGCUGCACUUCGACGAUCUGUCGCAGAGGACGCGCCUCCUCAACGGGCUCGCCCAGCGGCUCAUCGCCAUGGCGACCGGUCACGGCAUCGCCGUGGCGAUGACCAACCAAAUGACCACCCGGCUGAGCGGCGGCCAAUCGCAGCUGGUCCCCGCCCUCGGGGAGAGCUGGGGCCACGCCCCCACCAUCCGGCUCCUCCUGCACUGGGCGGGCUCGCGCCGCAUGGCGGCCAUCUUUAAGUCUCCAGAUCACAGGGGCGCCACCGUCCAAUACCAGAUCACCUCCGAGGGAUUCAGAGACGUCGACCAAUCGGAGCAGCCGCCGAGCAAACGACCCCGGACCCAAACCGUCGAGUCCUCUGGCAGCCAGAGAGACGCUAGCUGCUGAUUGGUCAGAGACCGAGGAGUUCCCCUGAUGGACACGGGUACGCUGUCACUACCUGAUGUGAGUCGAGCAUGCGUCACUUCGCGACAAGUAGCAUACAAGAUGCUAACGAGAGACUUCUGUAAUGUCAAUACAGUAAAGAUGGACCUACUUAACCAAGUUGGCUCACUGCUAGCUUAGCUACAAGUUAGCAUCAAACACAACAAAGGCUGUCAGUUGAAUGGCGUU